AUGAUGAAACGCCAAGUCCAAGACGGGGACAAGUUGCGUCUAGACAAAAAGCGUGCGAUAGAGAAAGCGAUGGAAGGAGCUACAGCUAUUCCAGUGACAGCACGUGGUGACUUUGAUCAAUUAGAGUCGACGUUAAAUUAUGAAGAUGCGUCAUCGCGUGCGGUGAACGCGUAUGACAGUGAAUAUGCCAAGUCAGGGAUUUCCGACCCGGUAGUCUUUGUGACGACGUCUCGCGACCCAUCGAGUAAAUUAAAAGAGUUUUCAAAGGAAAUCAAACUGAUCAUUCCGAACUCGACGCGAUUGAAUCGUGGCAAUUUACAAGUGAAGAAUUUAGUGGAGACUUGUAAGAGUCAUGAUGUGACGGAUUUAGUGAUUGUUCAUGAACAUCGAGGUAUCCCCGAUGGCUUAAUAGUCACUCAUUUCCCUUUCGGCCCUACAGCAUACUUUGGCCUUUAUAAUGUCGUCUCGCGUCACGACGCCAAAACAAAGAAGACCCUCAGUCAAACGGCACCACACCUCAUCUUCGAUAACUUGACAACUCCCCUUGGAAAACGGUUCGAAAUGAUUCUGAAGAAUUUGUUCCCCGUCCCUAAACCCGAUACUAAAAGAAUUAUGACCUUCGCUAAUUCAAAGGACUAUAUUAGCUUUAGACACCACGUCUAUGAGUAUAAUGAAGAACAUCAACUCGUUUUACAGGAAGUCGGGCCAAGAUUCGAACUAAGACCAUAUCAAAUUAAACUCGGAACUGUUGAUAUGAAGUACGCAGAGAACGAAUGGAUCUUAAGAAGCUUCAUUAACUCCGCAGCUACUCGAACACUCCUUUAA